UUAAAUUAGGAUUUUUUACGAAUACGAAGUGAAACUUGUAAUUUAUGAUGGCAUGGCCGGACAUCGAUCUAGGCGGUGGUGAUACAGUGGGCACCAGUACGACCAUCGAACCUUUUUCGCGUUCCUGCUAGGCUAUUGGGACAACAUGGCCCGAGGACCUAAAAGGCAUUUGAAGCGUCUCAACGCGCCCAAAUCAUGGAUGUUAGACAAACUGGGAGGUGUGUUUGCACCCCGUCCCAGCACUGGACCUCACAAGCUGAGGGAGUGCCUGCCCUUAGUUAUCUUUUUGAGGAAUAGGUUGAAGUAUGCCCUCACGAGUGAUGAAGUUACGAAAAUCGUAAUGCAGAGGUUAAUCAAGGUCGAUGGCAAAGUGCGCACUGAUCCCAAUUACCCUGCUGGUUUCAUGGAUGUGAUCACCAUUGAAAAGACUGGCGAAUUCUUCAGGCUCAUCUAUGAUGUCAAAGGGCGAUACGCCAUCCAUCGAAUAACUGAAGAUGAAGCCAAAUACAAACUGUGCAAGGUCAAAAAAGUGCAGACAGGGCCGAAGGGUAUUCCUUUCUUAGUGACUCACGAUGGACGUACCAUCAGAUACCCAGAUCCUAAUGCAAAGGUCAACGACACUAUCCAACUGGACAUCGCUACGUCAAAAAUUAUUGACAUUAUUCGCAUGGAUUCUGGAAAUAUUUGUAUGAUCACUGGAGGUCGUAACUUGGGUAGAGUAGGGACGGUGGUCAACAGGGAGCGACAUCCAGGAUCUUUUGAUAUUGUCCAUGUCAAAGAUGCCAGCGGUCACAUGUUUGCAACCAGGUUAAACAAUGUUUUCAUCAUUGGCAAAGGUAACAAACCUUAUGUUUCUCUUCCAAGAGGAAAGGGUGUGAAGCUUAGUAUUGCUGAAGAAAGAGACAAACGACUCGCUAUGAAGGCAUUGUAAUACCUUUGUAUUUUCUUUAAAUAAAAAUAUAAAAAUUUUAUGACUUUA